CUAAACUCUCUUUUCCUGCAGAAAGUGAAGAGCAUCGUCGGGAUGGAUUUAACAGAAGCUUUUCUGAAGUUUCAGCUGACAUGGCCUCAUUUGCAUUACUGGUUCGGUGCGCUCUGUGUCGUUGUCGCUGUGUAUAAAUUAACAAGUCUCCUCGUCCAGAGGAAAGCUCUGGCUCGACAUGUUGAGGCUUUUCCAGGACCGCCGGCCCACUGGCUGUUCGGACAUGUGUUGGAGUUUAAACAAGAUGGGACAGACUUGGAAAAAGUGGUGAAGUUUGGGGAGCAGUAUCCCUAUGCUUUCCCUAUGUGGUUUGGCCCUUCUGUUUGUUUUCUCAACAUUCACCAUCCUGAUUAUGUCAAAACCGUGCUGACAACAACAGAACCAAAAGAUGAUUUGGCAUAUAGAUUUAUUGAGUCAUGGAUUGGGAACGGAUUACUGGUGUCAAAAGGUCAGAAGUGGUUUCGUCACAGAAGGCUCUUGACUUCAGGUUUCCAUUAUGACGUUCUGAAACCAUACGUGCAGCUGAUGUCAGAAUCUGCUAACACUAUGUUGGACAAAUGGGAGAGUUAUGCAAACACCAAUGAGGACUUUGAAUUGUUUGGGCAUGUGAGCCUUAUGACACUGGAUAGCAUCUUAAAGUGUGGUUUUAGCUGCAACAGCAACUGUCAGACCGAGGGGGGAACAAAUGAAUAUAUCAAAGCAGUGUAUGAACUCAGCGAUCUUGUAAACCUGCGAUUUAGGACAUUUCCGUACCACAGUGACCUCAUUUUCAACCUCAGCCCACAUGGCUUCAGAUAUAGGAAAGCCCGCAAGGUGGCUCACUGUCAUACACAGGAAGUUAUAAGAAAGAGACAGGAAGCUCUGAAGGAGGAAAAAGAGGUUAGCCGAAUUCAGCGCAAGAGAAACCUGGACUUUCUGGACAUCCUUCUCUUUGCAAGAGAUGAGCAGCAGCAGGGUCUGUCAGAUGAAGAUAUACGUGCAGAAGUGGACACCUUCAUGUUUGAGGGGCAUGACACAACAGCCAGCGGCAUCUCUUUCAUCCUCUACUGUCUGGCAUCCCACCCGGAGCACCAGAAGAUCUGCAGGGAUGAGAUUAUUGAGGUCCUGGGUGGCAAGGACACAAUGGAAUGGGAGGAUCUGAGUAAAAUACCAUACACUACAAUGUGCAUAAAAGAAUCUCUUCGCCUUUACCCUCCUGUACCAGGAAUGUCCAGAAAGAUCACCAAACCUAUGACCUUUUUUGAUGGAAGGACUCUGCCAGCAGGUUUUCAUGUUGGCACCAGUGUGUAUGGAAUUCACAGAAAUCCUGCUGUCUGGGAAAAGCCGGAUGUCUUUGACCCAUUGCGUUUCCUCCCAGAAAAUGUUUCAAAGAGAUCUCCUCAUGCCUUUGUGCCAUUCUCAGCUGGGCCAAGAAACUGCAUCGGUCAGACUUUCGCAAUGAAUGAAAUGAAGGUGGUGACAGCCCUGACACUGAAGCGUUACCAGCUAAUAGAGGAGCCCAGUUUGAAACCCAAGAUUAUCCCACGAUUGGUUCUCCGCUCGCUCAACGGCAUCCACAUCAAGAUCAAACCAGUGGUGUAAGGAAAGAUAGAUACAGGAACUGUUAGAAAAUACAUAAUCCAGCACUUUAAUCAUUGAAACCAUUUAAAAUAUUAACAGAAUCAUUUAGGGGGAUCUGGUGUGAAAAUUAACCAAGCUUCUCCACUGUCAUUGAAACUAAUGAUUAUGAUUAGUGCCUUAUUUUAAAUGUGUUUCAGGAGGAAUUACGUGUUAAAAAUGUCGAGGGAAAACAUGUAACUUUCUGGCACUUGCACUUUUAUUAGUGAGAUUUCUUUGCACUUUGUAUGUAAAAAAAUAAAAUAAAAAAAAGAAUUGCAUUGUU